GUGUGUGUGUGUGUGUGGUGAAGGCGCCACGUCGGCAGAACCAGCAGGGUGAAAAGAGAGCUGCGUAGCUCAGCCUGUUAACUGUGUGUGUGUGUGUGAGGAGAAGUUAGAAAGCAGCAGAUUAACGCGAUAAAGGCGUGAACAACGCGAAGAAGGGGCCAAAAACAGUCAGAGCAGCAGGUUUCACACACAGAGAGACAGAAAAUACAUUAAUUUGAAACAGAGUUUGGUUCGGAAAGCUGAAACAGAAGCUGCUCUUGUCCCAAGUUUCUCUGUCAGGUGUGUUUGUGGGAGAAGCGCUGCGAACAAUGGUGAAGAAUGUGAACAGCGUUAAUGUGGAGCCCCAGCCUGGGACCAGUUUGGCCCCGGAUGAAGCUGAAACCGUCGACAGCCAACCUACAGAGGAUUCUGGUAAGGACCAUGUGGUGGCGCCCCCUGGCAUGAUGUGGCGGGUGACCGGUGGCCUCUUCAACGUCACCAAGGGAGUGGUGGGCGCCGCGGUGGGUGGGGUGGCCUGGGUGGGCGGCAAGAGCCUGGAGAUCACCAAAUCAGCCGUGACCACAGUGCCCUCGAUGGGGGUGGGGCUGGUGAAGGGCGGGGUGUCUGCCGUGGCUGGCGGUGUCUCAACGGUGGGCUCGACCGUCGCCAGCAAAGUCCCGUUCACAGCCAAGAGGAAAGACAAGGCUGAGUGAAGAAGAGGACGGUGAAGAUGAUGAUGAUGAUUGAUGAUGACGAUGGAAUUGCCCCGCCCUGAGCCAACAGAGAGAGGCUGAUCUCUUGUCUACCAGUCAAACUCCACAGUGCCUUCUGACGCCUUUCUCGGUCUCGAACAUUAGAGUCUUGUCACCGUGCAGAGAUCUAGACUUUGAUGCAAAUACACUACAUUCAGCACCAAAAAAAAGUCAUUAGUACUACGAUACUGUGGCAACCCAGAAUUACCAGAAAAAUGCGGAGUCACAGAAACGCUUCACACAAAGUUCUUCAUCUGACUUGGAGUGGGAUUUGUAGUUCUGGAAGUGAACACCUGGCUCCAGGCAGAUCAUAUGGACUGGGAUACCCUUCAGCACGUGGUGGACGACUUCAUGAACAUUUGUAUCCGUUUACAAUUCAGACUGAGGUUGUCCUCUUUCUUUUCUUCAUUCUCUCCAAACUACGCAUAUUUAGUGAAAUGUUUUUGAAUCAAAGUGCUGAUUUUUUUUUUUUUUUUUUUUUUUUUUUUUGUCAUUUUUUUGCAAAGAUACUGAAGUACUGUUGAAAUGUGUGGGACAAGAAUAGUGUGUUGAGAAAAAUAAAAAUGUUUCAGGGUUUUGAAAAGAGGGAUGAGC